AUGAUAGUGAGCAAUGGUUCAUCUACUCCCAAAACACCUAUAACAGAUGAAAGAUUACCAAGCUUACGAAAUAUAAGGCAAAAUAGAUCGGGAAGUAUUGUAACUUCAAAUUUUACUCCAACUAUCAAUAAUAAGGUUGAAAAUGAUUGGGAUACUACAAUAAAUACAAAUAAGAUCUUGGAGCAAUAUUGGAAAUCAUCAGCUGAUCUAUGGCAUGAUCUAGAAUGUGGUAUUAUUUAUCCUGAGAGUAUUAUAUCAAAUUUAGGACGUUCAACAGUUUUUACUACUAAUGGAAUCUCAAAUCAAUGCAAUAUUUCAUAUGGAAUUUUUUCAGUGUCCAUACAUCCAAUAUACACUAGAAAAAAUAUACUCGCUAUAUUCUAUAGUUUUAUUCCAUAUAUAAUAGGUAUAGCAUUAUUUGGAUGGGCUGUAUUAGCUGAUAACUUUAUACCAGCCUUUGGACUUAUAAUGAUGAUAUUUUCAUCUCUAAUUAAUGAACUGUUCGUUAAAAAGAUAUUUAGAAGUCCAAGGCCACCAAAUUCUACUUGUAUCUCUUAUGGUAUGCCUUCAAGUCAUUGUGUAGCUUCUUAUUCAUUUCUGAUAUGGAUAAUACUUGAACAUAUUAAUGCAACUAGUCUUAAAUCAGGAUUUUAUUUUAGAACUCUCAUUGUAUUUAUAAGUGGUCCUGUACCUUGGGCUAGGUGGUAUGUAGAGGAUCAUACUGCUAUUCAGUGUAUAUGGGGUUGUAUAGGUGGUUUAAUUCUUGGUAUUUUUUCAUUUUUCCUACGUUCUUAUUUAUUUGCAAGUAACUCCAUGUUCUGA